UUCAUUUCUUCAAACUCAAAAAACAUAACCCACAAACAUCAGAAAAAGAAACUAGUGUCAGACUGUCAGUAGCAUAUAAAUAUACAAAAAGAGUAAAUAGAAGCUGAAUGUUGAGAUAGAUCUCACUGAUUCUCCUCACAGUGAAGUAUAUGAGGAGUUUAGGGAAGAAGUAGUGUAAAUAUAGUAUAGGUAGAGGAGAGGGAAGAAGAUGAAGGCAGAUACGCCUCUUGAUUAUGCGGUGUUCCAACUCUCACCAAGGCGCUCAAGAUGUGAGUUGUUUGUAUCAACUGAUGGGAACACCGAGAAGCUUGCCUCAGGGUUAGUGAAGCCAUUUGUGACACAUUUAAAGGUUGCAGAGGAACAGGUUGCAAGGGCAGUUAAGUCAAUUAAGCUUGAAGUUGGAAAACGUGACAAUGCCGUUACUUGGUUCACGAAAGGAACACUUGAAAGGUUUGUGCGGUUUGUUACUACACCUGAGGUUUUGGAAUUGGUCAAUACAUUUGAUGCGGAGAUGUCCCAGUUGGAAGCAGCUAGGAAAAUUUAUUCUCAGGGAUCCAGGGAUCAACUUUCUCGCGCAAUAGGUGGGGAUGGUACUGGAAAUGCAGCAGCUGAUGCAACAAAGAAGGAGCUUUUGAAGGCAAUUGAUGUGCGUCUGGUUGCGGUUAGACAGGACUUAAACACAGCUUAUGCUCGUGCAGCAUCUGCUGGCUUCAACCCUGAAACUGUUUCUGAACUCCACCACUUUGCUGAUCAGUUUGGUGCGCUUCGCUUAAAUGAAGCUUGCACCAAAUUUAGCUCAGUGUGUCAAAGACGACCAGAUCUGAUCAGCCCAUGGAAGCCAGGUGUCAAUGAUCAAGCGGUCCGAGCGUCAUGGGGAUCUGACAUGUCAAUUGAUGACCCCACUGAAGACCAAAGUGGCCCCCACCUAUUUUCUCAAAAUAAAUCCCAGAAUCCAUCCGGCCAAGACCAACAACAGCAACAGCAACAGAGUACAACACAAACCCAAGACCACCUUAACCAAUCAAAACUAUCCACAUGUCAGCUAUCCAAGUCCAUUUUCCCAACACAUCAGCAGCAACAAGGGAGCUCAGAGGAAAAAAACAACCAAGAAGAGAAGAAGAAAGAAGAGGAUGCUUUAACUGAGUCAUCAACGAGUCAACCUCCUUCUAGGCGACUCAGUGUGCAAGACAGAAUCAACCUUUUUGAAAACAAACAGAAGGAAAGCUCAUCAGGCUCUGGUAGCAAACCUGUUGUUGUUGGAAAAUCAGUGGAGCUAAGGAGACUUUCAUCUGAUGUAUUGUCUUCAUCUGCUAACACACUCACUGGCCCGGCUGAGAAAGCUGUGUUGAGAAGAUGGAGUGGCGCAAGUGACAUGAGCAUUGACUUAGGCAAUGAAAGAAAGGAAAAUAAUUUCUCAGAUAGCCCCUUGUGUACACCAUCUUCAUUGUCUGUUUCUCAGUCCAAAAGUAAUUUGUUUUCAGAUGUAUCAGAUGAUAUUAAGGACCAGAAAGAUCAAAAAGGUUUAAUUGAUUCGGCAAGUUCUGAGAAAGUUGAUUUUAAGAGCAGUGGAGAUAGAGUUGCUGAUUCUGGACUGAAAGAUCAAGGCGAGGGGCAAGUGAGGGUUGGGGGGGUUCCGGAGCAGGUGGGAUCAAAGGGGGGCAAGCAUUGGAAGGAUCAAGUGGGUUCACAAGUGAAUCAACUCAAGUCUUUCACAGAUAGGGAUGACCUGGUUAGUGUGACUGAUCAAGGGGUUUCUCAGGAGAAGUUGAAGGGUUCUUUAGGUAGUGGAGAGAAGAGUGAUCGGUUUAAAGUUCAAGCCAGUUCCCAGGAGACUGUUGGGGUGAAGGACCAAGCUGCUUCGCGAAUCCAGACCGGAAAAUCUGUGGGUAGAGUGGGGGAUUUUACUUCUGAUAGUGAAACUGGGAAUAGAGUAGAGGAUGCUGAACUGAUACAUCAGCUAGUGUCUCAAUCACGUUUUAGGGGUUCUCAAAGUCAUACACGGUCUCUCUCAGGACAGUUUGAAGGUGGUGUUGGAGUAAAAGUCAGGGAAGCUCGUGAUAAAGUGUCUGCGGCUGAUCAGUUGGCAUCUCACCCACAAUGGAAAUCUUUUACAGAAGUUGAAGAAGCAGGGAAGAAGGACUUGGUGUUUGGAAGGGAACAGAUCAAAGCAGAAGAUUCUGGAAACCUGAGAAUGAAGUUUCAGAAACAGGUUGCUGCAGGUCCUGAACAGAUUAAGAAGUUGCAAGGUAGGAGAGAUGAACGUGGUUCAGUUUAUGGAAAUAGCAAGCCUGUUUUUUCUGGUAAAAAGGUUUCAGAGAGUCAAGAGGGUUUUGCUGCUGUCUCUACACUGCCGGUUGAGCAAGUUCAGAGAUCAAGGCAGUCAAAGGGAAAUCAGGAACUCAAUGACGAGCUGAAAAUGAAGGCAAAUGAGUUGGAAAAGCUUUUUGCAGAACACAAGCUCCGAGUUCCUGGGGAUCAGUCCAGUUCCACAAGGAGAAGCAAGCCUGCUGACGUACAGAUUGAGCAGGUAGCAGAGUCUCAUUACAGAAAACCAACAGUGUCUGAGAUAUCUCCUGCUCAAUUGCCUGACAAAAGCACUGUGAUCGAACGAUCUGGGAGUUCAAGUAAUAUGGCAAAGUUCAGUACUCCACCAAUGAAAAUGUCAGACAAUCAGGAUUAUGGUGAUUCCCUGAGGCAGAAUUUCUCUGAGCUUGGUUUGUCUGAUGAGUCCAGAGGAAAAUUUUAUGAGAAGUAUAUGCAGAAAAGAGAUGCAAAACUAAGGGAAGAGUGGAGUUCUAGAAGGGUAGAAAAGGAAGCCAAGUUAAAAGCCAUGCAGGACAGUCUUGAGCGAAGCAGAGCUGAGAUGAAGGCCAAAUUUUCUGGUUCCUUAGACAGACAGGAUUCAGUUGCUACUACUGCUCGGCGUGUUGAGAAACUGAGAUCCUUCAAUUCUCGAUCAACUAUGAAGAUUGAGCAGCAUCCUAUAAGUUCUAUUCAUAGCGAAGAAGAUGAAGAUCUUUCUGAAAUGUUUGAGCAGAAAUAUUAUGGACAAGAUAGAUCAUUCAUUGAGACAUCUUUUGGGGAUAAUGCUUCUAAAAGUGCUCAAGCUAAGAAGCUUUUGCCUAAUAGAAGUAUGUCUUCAUCUACACCUCGCACGGCUGCAGCACCAAUUCCACGGUCAUCGGGCAAAAUUUCCAAUUCUGGUUCCGGAAGGCGUAGACCCCAAUCAGAAAAUCCUCUGGCACAGUCUGUUCCCAACUUUUCUGACUUCAGAAAAGAAAACACAAAGCCUUAUUCUGGCAGCAAAGUGACAAGCCGUUCACAGGUGAGGAAUUAUGCCCGCAGCAAGAGUACUAGUGAAGAAGUAGCUCUUGUCAAGGAAGAAAAGCCCAGGCGGUCAAAUUCUUUAAGAAAAAGUUCUGCUGGUCCUAUGGAGUUUUCUGAUGUGGCCCCUUUAAAUUCUGAUGAUGUUGUGUUGGCACCUUUGAAAUUUGAUGAAGAACAAAGUGAGCAGAGCCCCCAAGAAAAAUAUUUGAAAAGUUCAGAGUCAAAGCCGUUCCUCAGAAAGGGUAAUGGCAUAGGUCCUGGUGCUGGAGCUAGUAUCGCCAAGCUAAAAGCUUCAAUGGCAGCAGAGGCUUUGAGAAAUGAAGAAGAAUAUGACGAGACUUUUGAGGCUGAAGAUUCAGCUGAUAUGGCCAAAGAGGAUGAUCAAGAAGAAGAGCUUGAAACCAUGGAGGUUGAAGAAUGUAUUGACAUAGAUAAUGGAAAAUCAAGACUGAGCCAGGAAUCAGACAAAGUGGGUAAUUCUGGAUCUGAAAAUGGUGAUUCCUUGAGAUCUCUUUCUCAAGUUGACCCUAGUUCAGUUGCUGAAUUACCUGCUCCCUUGCCUUCCACAUUCCAUGCUGUAGGGUCUCUGCAAGAUUCGCCAGGGGAAAGUCCUGUGUCAUGGAACUCACGCAUGCAUCAUCCAUUUUCUUACCCUCAUGAGACCUCAGAUAUUGAUGCCUCUAUGGACUCUCCAAUUGGGAGUCCUGCAUCGUGGAAUUCCCAUACUCUUACCCAAACAGAGGCUGAUGCUGCUCGCAUGAGGAAAAAAUGGGGCAGUGCACAGAAACCUUUCCUUGCUUCGAAUUCAUCCCAUAAUCAGUCCCGGAAGGAUGUGACAAAAGGGUUUAAGAGGUUAUUGAAGUUUGGAAGGAAAAGUCGUGGUACAGAAAGUUUGGUCGACUGGAUUUCUGCUACAACUUCUGAAGGAGAUGAUGACACAGAAGAUGGGAGGGAUCUUGCCAAUCGUUCUUCAGAAGAUUUGAGGAAGUCCAGAAUGGGGUUCAUGCAGGGUCAUCCUUCGGAUGAUGGCUUCAAUGAAAGCGAGUUGUUCAACGAACAGGUUCAAGCCUUACAUAGCUCUAUCCCGGCGCCUCCAGCAAACUUCAAGCUGAGGGAGGACCAUAUGUCAGGAAGCUCCAUAAAAGCACCACGAUCAUUUUUCUCACUCUCAACAUUUAGAAGCAAGGGAAGUGACUCGAAGCCCCGAUAAAUUUUACUUAGUGAAGUCAGGAGUGAUUGGUAUCAUUGUUAAACAGUAGGGUGUAAAGGACGAUAUAAUAUAAAGUAGAUAUGCUUGAGGUAGGCACGAUAAAGCCAUCUAUAUAUGUUGUAUAUUGUAUUGAACGAUAUACGCCUAUUGGCGUAUUGUCAUUGUGAUUUUGGUAGCCCAGGGUAUUCAGUAUUCUUUUGCAACUCUUCCUUUCUCGUGAUGUAUAUCAAACUCUUGUUAGAAUCAAUGUCGUUGGCAGUUUAAGAAGAGUGAUGUGAUUAUGCGGAGUAUUAGCUUGUUAAACUCAACUAUUCUUUUGUUAUAUCUUCAUUUCUUUUCCUUCCA